AUGGCCAAGAAGAAGAAGCCAGCCGGCAACCCUGCACGUGGCUUUGCCACCACUUCUAUUGCCAGCAAGCCCAAAGUCGAAAAAGAGAAACCUGCCGUUGAAGCCGCAGUCACAGAAACCGUGCCUACGUCUUCCAAGGAAUAUCCCAGUGUCUCUCUCGCAGCUACCCCAGCUGCCAAGCAAGAGGAGCCUUCUCAGCAGGAAGUUACCCCAGAGGAGCUAGAGGCUCAGCUCGAGCGCGAUGAACUGCAGCUGCUUGUCGAGAAGCACGCCGCCAAGGUGCGGCGAGAGUCUCGGCGGCAAGUUACCAAGUUUGAGACAGACCGAAGAGUUCUUCGUGCACAGUCUCAUCAUAUGGUUGUCCAUGAGUGGCUUCCGAACGAAGUUUUGGAAACUAUCAUAUCGCUAGCCCAGACCGAAUCCAAUGACUCGAAUCGCAGGCAGGGACAACAGCAGUCUUUGCUCAAGGUGAUGUCCGAAGAGGAUGCAAUGUCGAAGCUAUGGACUCUCAACUUGACCUUGCGCGAUCUAGGCUUCUCUCAUGAGCAGAUCGAGCCGGUUUUGAGAUGGAUAUGCUCAGAUGCCGGCGGCAUUGAUGUUGCAUCGCCCGUCUGGGGCCUCCAAGAAGCGCUAGAAUGGCUUGCACUGGAUCAAUGCGAAGGGCAUUCUUUUUCUUAUGAUGAACCAAAGCCAAAGCAGUCCGCUAUUUCCACUCCAGACAUAUCACGCCCUGCUUCACCCCUUCCGGAAACUCAAGCAGCGAAUACAACCUCUACCAAUGGGUUAGAUAAAGCGCCAAGUAAAGCGCCAACACCAGAUGGUCCGACACCAGCGAAACCAGAUUACGAUGAUGUUCAGGUCAGCGACAUCGACAGCGACAUCGACUUAGACGAACUCGUGCCGACCUACCUGAGGAUCAAGGGCAAGCUUUACGAGAUUGAUCCUGAGCUUGUUGAGGUCAAUCCACGCAAGAAAGGCUCCAAGGGCAAGAAGGGGACGCCGGCGAAACCGGUGCAAUCGCCCAAAGUGCGGAAACUACUAUCUCAGCUGCAACAACUCGAAUCUGAUACUCUUUUUGAUGAUCGCGAAGCAAGCGCACGAUGGCCCGCGAGGCGAAACGAAAUUGCUCUACAGCAGGCUGCAAAGAGACAGCAAGAGCUGUCUCAAACAAGCACACCAAAUGGCCAAAAAGAAGAGACUACGCCAGCCGCUCCUGCUCCCAAAGUGGAAGCACCCUCAUCAAUCAAUGGCGGAGAUGCCGACGACAUCAUGGCUGAGGCAGAUAUGCUAGGCGAUAUGUUCUCUGCGAUCCCCGAUGAGCCAGUAGCCAACAACACUCCGACUGAAGCUAUUGAAGCCGGUAACAUAACACUACGAGACUUUGGAAAACAGGCCGGCAUAAGUCCCCGACGUUGCCUCGAAGAAGCAGUGCGCUCGAGAGAUCCGGGGGCGCGAGUUGCAUACAAACUGAUUUCGCCAACUACAUAUCGAUGCCGUCACUCAGUGACAAUCACGUGGUCCAAGGAGCUGGAGGUCGAAUACGAUACUGACAUAACCGGUGUCAACAGCUUAUUGAGAGGCAUCCAGGCUGCUUUUGAAGCUACCACAGUUGCCGCGAUCAGUACCGAUCAGAGUGAAGGCUUCAUCUCUACUGCUGCCUUGUUCUCAAUUUCUGCUGCAUCGACCAAGGAAGAGAAGGUAUACCUUCGCCUCCCUCCGAACUGGAGAGAUGUGUACCGCGAACUCCUCGAACAUCGCAAGGACCGCAUUGACGCAGAUGACCGUGAAGCUAUCAAAUACUAUCGAUCUAUUGUCCAGGACCAAAUAGAAACCGAAGAGUCUGACGGCGUUGUUCUUACCAACAGAUGGAAGUCUCGCAACCAGGGUGGAACAAGUUCCAGCCCUUCCAAUUCAGGUUACAGUACUCCUGUUGCUGAAAACCAGAGCUUCCGCAGUCUUUGGUCACAAAAAGCAGCAACGCCAUCGUAUCAACACAUGCUCGUCGGCAGAAUGAACCUUCCAGUGUACGGGUAUAGGGACUCCAUUUUAUCGACCAUCGACAAGGCCCAAGUCACAAUCAUCUGUGGCGAGACAGGUUGCGGAAAGAGCACGCAGAUCCCGUCCUUCAUCCUGGAGCACCAGCUUUCCCAAGGUAAAGCCUGCAAAGUUUACUGUACGGAGCCGAGGCGAAUCUCAGCCAUCUCGCUCGCACAACGUGUCAGUGAGGAGCUUGGAGAGGGUCCGAAGGACCUUGGAUCAAUGCGAUCUCUUGUUGGAUAUGCUAUCCGGCUUGAGUCAAAAACGUCUGCUCAGACAAGGCUCGUCUACGCCACUGUUGGAGUUGUGUUACGCAUGCUGGAAGGACCUAAAGGCCUCGGUGAAAUUACGCAUCUUGUCAUUGAUGAGGUUCACGAACGCAGUAUUGAUACCGACUUUCUCCUCAUCAUCCUUCGAACACUUAUGGACCGUCGCCCCGAGCUCAAGGUUAUUCUUAUGAGUGCGACCGUAGAUGCAGCUCGCUUUUCAAGAUAUCUCAACGAUGCCCCCAUUCUGAACGUCCCUGGACGAACGUUUCCAGUCCAAACACAAUACCUGGAAGACGCCAUUGAAUUGACACACUAUGCAGGCUCCGCUGAAGAUACUCGGAAGAAUGGCAACGCCAGCGGCGACGAUGACGACGAGAUCACGUCCGAGAAGUCUGGUAUCCCCAGCAAACUUCCUGGAUACAGCGCAGCUACCCGCAAUGUGCUUUCAACCUACGACGAAUACGCUAUUGACUAUGACCUAAUCGUACGGCUGAUCGAGUCUGUAGCGUACGAUCCACAGCUCAGCCGAUACAGCAAGGCUGUUCUUGUCUUCCUUCCCGGUAUCGCUGAAAUCCGGCAACUCAACGACAUGCUUACUGGCCAUCAAUCAUUCGGAUCGAACUGGCUGAUCUAUCCACUUCACUCUACAAUAUCGAGCGAAGAUCAACAGGCUGCCUUCCAGCUCCCGCCGCCCGGUGUACGAAAGAUUGUAAUUGCGACCAAUAUUGCAGAAACUGGGGUGACCAUUCCAGACAUCACGUGUGUCAUCGACACUGGCAAACACAAGGAAAUGCGGUUCGACGAACGUCGUCAACUAUCACGUCUGACACAAUCCUUCAUUGCGCGCGCAAACGCAAAGCAGCGACGCGGUCGUGCUGGUCGUGUGCAGGAAGGACUGUGCUUCCACCUAUUUACAAAGUAUCGCCACGACAAUCUCAUGAUGGACCAACAAACGCCUGAAAUGCUACGACUAUCAUUGCAGGAUCUUGUCAUGCGUACUAAGAUAUGUAAGCUUGGCGAUAUUGAGACUACGUUGUCAGAAGCUCUGGACCCACCUUCUUCUAAGAACAUCCGGCGAGCUAUCGAUGCGCUGAUAGAGGUUGAUGCACUCACAUCGAGUGAAGAACUUACUCCUCUCGGUCGUCAGAUUGCAAAGCUGCCUCUGGAUGCACAUCUUGGCAAGUUGGUGCUGCUUGCUAGUAUGUUCGGCUGUGUGGAUGUCGCCAUCACAAUUGCCGCGAUCCUGUCGUCCAAGUCGCCUUUCCUCACACCAUUCGGCGCAAAACAACGCGCUGACAUAGCACGCCUCUCCUUCAAGACCGGCGACUCAGACCUCCUCACUACCUACAACGCCUACAAUGCCUGGCGUUCAGUCUGCACUACGGCCGGUCGCUCGGAGAUGCAAUUUUGCCACAAAAACUUCCUAUCACCUCAAAACCUUGGCAAUAUAGAGGAUCUCAAAGCACAGCUCCUCUCCUCCCUUGUCGACACAGGCUUCGUCCAGAUGAGUCCCGACGAGCGCCGCAUACUGAGCCGCUACCGCUCGACAACAAGGCACCGCACCUUCGUCGUCGUGCCCGCACAAUACGACACACACUCCUCCAACGACCUCCUCGUCAACUCCGUCAUCGCAACAGCCUUCUACCCUAAGCUGCUCACCCGCGAAGGCAAAGGCUGGCGCAACAUCAGCAACAACCAGACCGUCAGCCUGGCCCCCACAAGCGUCAACAAGGGCACCAACACCGCCAAAUUCCUGUCCUACUACCACAUCAUGCAGUCGAGCAACAAAUUCUACAACGCACACUCGACCUCAAUCGCGCAUCCGCUGCCCAUGGUGCUCAUGGUCGCCGCCGAUAUGGACUUCAAGCUGCACGCCGGCGUGGUCAGUUUCCCGGGCAACGCGGUGCGGUUCGCGGUGCGCGAGUGGCGGGCCGCUGUCGCGCUCAAGGUGCUGCGGCGCAGGGUCAAGGAGAUUCUGGCUGCAAGCUGGAAGAAUCCAGGCAGAGUGUUAGGGGAGCGGGAGAGGGAAUGGUUGGGAAUUUUCGAGAGGGUGUUUGAAGAGCGGUGGGAGAAGGAUGAGAGGAUUCGUGAGAGGGCGGGGGGAAAGGCGAAGUGA